UCUCUUAGUGAGGAUCAGACUUCAUUGCGCUUUGUAUACAUCAGCUGCUAACACGCAGCUUUGGAAUUUCUUACACAUCUGGAUAAACUCUUUGGAUAAACCACCACUAUGUCAGCACCUGUGCAGGUGGAGCCUGUCAUGGAGAAACGGUAUGGAGGAGUCGGCCGCUGCAAGUGCUCAUUCUGGUUCGCAGUGGCCCACGACAUACUUGGUGUCUUCAUUAUUAUGAUUGGGGUGUUUGGAGGACUGGUUAUCCAUGAUCUGUUAGUUUACGGUGGGGCCAUUAUCAUCUUCCUCAGCUUGAUCUGGUGGGUGUUCUGGUACUCGGGGAACAUCGACGUGCCACCAGAGGAGCUGGAGGACGACGUGGGCAUGAUGAAGCAGAAGAACCGCAGACUGACCCAGGUUGUGAGGCGCGUGUCUGACCGCCUCGCCAGCGGGAUCAGGAACUCAUUCAGAAAGAGUGGCAGACCUGUUAGACAGGGCCCCUCAGGCGACAACAUAGCCUCAAACACCAGUGCAGAUGUGUCACUCUCUACAAUCUAUGACAGUGCCCUUCCGUCCUCUUCAAACGAAUUUGUGAGAGAGACGCUGUCAGUAUGAACUGCUGCAUAGCAGAAUGGAAAUGACACCGAGACACAUUGAACUUGGAUCAUUAGGGCCCGAGCACGAACUGUGCGAAGGCCCUAUUGUUUUUGCUCUGUUUAUUAUAUUUGACUUUUGUUGAAAAGGAUUUUGUGUUUGCGCUGUCAACAUGCACAAGUAAUGAUUAGACAACAAUGGAGUGCUGUCCCGCUAAGAUCCACAUGAUCGUAUCAUGCUGAUAAGAUGUAAACUUUGCACACUAUAACAGUGUUUUACAUGACAUGUCACUGUUAUUGAUAAUUGCUCGUGUAAGACUGAUUUACAGAUUUUAAGGCUGUGGGUACUGUAAAUAGAAAAUUAAAAGAUGCAAUUUUUAAAAUAGUUUUUGUUAAAAAGCUAA